UGCUGUGUGCAUAAAAGCCUUCGGCCGAGGAGCAGACAGAACUUUCGUUGGAAGUUUGAGAGAGACCAACCAAAGUCAUCUACAGUCAGCCAGCCAGUCAGCCAGACCACAGCUCUUCUACUGGUACAGUACUACUCCUCUUCCUCCAUCAACCAUGACAGAGAGACGUGUCCCCUUCAGCCUGCUCCGCACCCCCAGCUGGGACCCCUUCCAUGACUGUUACCAGGGCAGCCGGCUCUUUGACCAGGCCUUCGGCAUGCCGGCCCUCCCUGAGGAGUUCCCCACCUUCCCCAGCACCCACUGGCCCGGCUACAUGCGUCCAUCUGCCCUUAGCCCUGACAUGUCCGCUGCUGGAUUCAUACCCUCCAUGAUGCCCCAGAGCCCUGUAAUGUUCCCCCUGCAUAGUGCCAUGAUGCAGGCCGCCAUGAUGCCCCAGGCCGCGGUGAUGCCCCAGGCCCCCAUGAUGACUCAGGCUGGGGCAGCAUCGUACGCCCAUGCCCUCUCUCGCCAGCUCAGCUCUGGCAUGUCUGAGAUCAAGCAGACCCAGGAGGCCUGGAAGGUCACUCUGGACGUCAACCACUUCUCCCCUGAGGAGCUGGUGAUCAAGACCAAGGAUGGCGUGGUGGAGAUCACUGGCAAGCAUGAGGAGAGGAAAGACGAACAUGGAUUCGUGUCCAGAUGCUUCACCAGGAAAUACACCCUGCCCUCUAUGGCCGACGCUGAGAAGGUGACGUCCACCCUGUCCUCUGAGGGAAUUCUGACCGUGGAGGCUCCUCUGAACAAGCAGGCCAUCAAGGCUGCAGAGAUCUCCAUUCCUGUCACCAUGGGCAGCAGCAAGACCAAACCUGACGACAUGAUGAUGAGGAAGGGAAGAGACAAAGGGCACCACCCUGACGAACAUGACAAUGAGGAAGAAGAGAAGUGAAGAAACUCCACACACACACACACACACACACUGUAGUUUUUAUUGUAUUUAUUACUGUAGUUGCUACUGUGGUUGUUACUGUAGUUUUUAUUGUAUUUAUUACUGUAGUUGUUACUGUAGUUGUUACUGUGGUUUUUAUUGUAUUUAUUACUGUAGUUGUUACUGUAGUUGUUACUGUGGUUUUUAUUGUAUUUAUUACUGUAGUUGUUACUGUAGUUGUUACUAUGGUUAUUAGGUGAUACAGUAAGAUUGAGAGGUGCUGAAAGAGAGCAGAUGCAUAUGUUAGUUAGUAUUCGUCCACACACACACACACACACACACACACACACACACACACACACACACACACACACACACACACACACACACACACACACACACACACACACACACACACACACACACACACACACACUAAUGCACUCCAAUGCACUCUGAUCCCAGAUCAUUUUGUUGACAGUGACUUUUGGAGUUGUAAAGACUACAGAAACUGAUCUGGGACCAGGCUAGUAGUACAGCACAGAAACAACACAUCUGGCUAUUCCACUCAUUGAAAUAGAAUUACAUUCUAUUCAUUCUUUUUUCAUGUUUUCACCAUCCUCUGACUGUUGCUGGAAAAUCCUUAUUUGGAAAGCUGUAUCCCAUGUAAAACAUUGAAUAAAGAAAAAUCCUAAUACUA